AUGUCCUCGGAGGAUCUUGUGUACGCCAAAGAAGAAGACAACUAUUUAUUGCCACACGGUGAUGGACGAGAUCCUCAGGAGAAAUAUAUGUCCUAUAUUCCACAUUCCGGGUUCCAUAACCAGCGUAUCGCUUUAACAAAUGCAUUAAUGCUGGCUUACCGUCUCAAUCGGACCUUGCUGGUCCCUCCCGUAGUAUUAGGGAACCCUAUUCAUUGGCGCAAGUACGAUUCACUGGAAUCGUUUCACCGAAAGAGCACAAAGACCCAUUUGGGCCACUGCCAAGGGUUUCUGGAUCAAUUUGGGCAUCUCAACACCAACAGCGGAGAUGAAGUUCCUCUCGAGUGUCGAUCGUCAUUUCGUUACACAUCGUUACGGUGGGACAGAUUAUUUAACAUGACUAGCGUGAAAGAACGUGUACGAAUACGAUAUCGUGACACCUAUGCGCGUACUUGGUUACAGGAUAAGUACGGUUUAAGUAAGGACGAUACCUACGCUGUUAAAGACGAGUUAUUGUACGAUUACCGAAUUGCCGACAAGGAAGAUGUGCCUAUCGGAAAAUAUCAAAGAGACAUCCUCUUGUCGGAUCUGCAACAAAGGCCGGAACGACUUAUUAGCUUUGGAUCGCUUUUCGGCCACGGACGCGUGAUGACAUCGACAAAGGAAAGCAAGGAACUCCAGGUUUUCAUCAUGAAACAAUUCGUGUUUUCCCCUUCUGUUCUGCCUGAACUGUUUACCGAAGCCAACCGAAUCAUUGCCCAGUUAGGAGGGCCGCAAACGUACAUUUCAGUUCACGCGCGCGUCGGUGACAGUAUAUUUGAACGUUAUUCCGACCGUGUGAUGGCCAAACUGUGGUCGGAUCUUCGAAAAUACCUCCCUCUAAUCAAAUCGUCACAAACCCCAGGAGGGGUGGCCGACGCACCGGCCAAUGCUUGCUUUCAAUCGCCUAACAGCACACUGGCAGUCGAUCCCAGAAGCCGACGGUUACUUCAAGAUCGACCUCUUGUUCUUUUUAUGGCCACGGACGCCCCUCAUCCUCGGCAACAUCCAACCCUUCAGCGCUUUUUCUCCACGUUUCCAUGCGUUGUAACCUUGAACGAUAUGUAUGAUUUCCCGUCGUCAUCACUGGCAACCAUGGUGAACCCGAGCGACGGUGUCAAUUUUGGACAGUUUUUUGUUCCUUUCCUGGACGGCAUUGUGGCAGGGCAUGCCCAAGAGUUCACAGGCUCCAUGUGGAGCACUUUCAGCUCAUACAUCCGUUUCUUGCAUACACAAUUUGUAGAAUAA